UCCCGUCAUUCCCUGCAGCAGCAGCAGCAGCAGCAGCAGCAGCAGCAGAUCCCUCCCGUCCGUCGGUCGCUCCUCUGUUUGCUCUCUCUCCUUCUCCUUCUCCUUCUUCUCCUCCUUGUUCAGAGGAAGUUAGCGGACUCUUGUGAGCAGGCCGGGCCUGAAGUGGCCGAUGUGGACGCGUCCCCGCUGACUUUGAGGCGUGUGUCAGAGGUCAGAGGUCAUGAUGACGACGGUGGCCGGCGACCUGGAGCACCUGGAGCUGCAGCAGCAGUACAGCAGCAGCAACCGCUGGGACGAGGACUGGGACAACGAGAACAGCUCGGCGCGCCUCUUCGAACGCUCCCGCAUCAAGGCGCUCGCAGAUGAGCGGGAGGCGGUCCAGAAGAAGACCUUCACUAAGUGGAUCAACUCCCACCUGUCCCGGGUGUCAUGCAGGAUCUCAGACCUGUACCUGGACCUGAGGGAUGGACGCAUGCUCAUCAAGCUGCUGGAGGUCCUCUCUGGGGAGAGACUGCCGAAGCCGACCAAAGGCCGGAUGCGCAUCCACUGCCUGGAGAACGUGGACAAGGCUCUGCAGUUCCUGAAGGAGCAGCGAGUCCACCUGGAGAACAUGGGGUCACAUGACAUCGUGGACGGGAACCACCGCCUGACGCUCGGCCUCAUCUGGACCAUCAUCCUCCGCUUCCAGGGCGGCAGGUACACGCUUCAGAACCGCUUCCAGGUAACGCCACUAGAACCGCUUCCAGGUAACGCCACGCUCAAGGUCACGCCACUAGAACCGCUUCCAGGUAACGCCACUAGAACCGCUUCCAGAGUCUCUAAAUGUUUCCUCAGGUAUCCCAACGUGAACAUCCACAACUUCAGCACCAGCUGGAGAGACGGCAUGGCCUUCAACGCUCUCAUCCACAAACACAGGCCCGAUCUGAUCGACUUUGACAAACUGAAGAAGUCCAACGCUCAUCACAACCUGCAGAACGCCUUCAACCUGGCGGAGCAGCACCUGGGCCUCACCAAGCUGCUGGACCCCGAGGACAUCAGCGUGGACCAUCCUGAUGAGAAGUCAGUCAUCACCUACGUGGUGACGUACUACCACUACUUCUCCAAGAUGAAGGCUCUGAAGGUGGAGGGGAAACGCAUCGGAAAGGUGCUGGACAACGCCCUGGAGACGGAGAAGAUGAUCGAGAAGUACGAGUCUCUGGCCUCGGACCUGCUGGAGUGGAUCGAGCAGACCAUCAUCAUCCUCAACAACAGGAAGUUCGCCAACUCUCUGCUCGGCCAGCAGCAGCUGCAGGCCUUCAACACCUACCGGACCGUGGAGAAACCGCCAAAGUUCACGGAGAAGGGAAACCUGGAGGUUCUUCUGUUCACCAUCCAGAGUAAGAUGAGAGCCAACAACCAGAAGGUCUACAUGCCCCGAGAGGGGAAACUCAUCUCAGAUAUCAACAAGGCCUGGGAGCGACUGGAGAAAGCAGAGCACGAGAGGGAGCUGGCUCUGAGGACGGAGCUGAUUCGUCAGGAGAAACUGGAACAACUCGCCAGACGCUUCGACCGCAAGGCGGCCAUGAGAGAGACCUGGCUCAGCGAAAACCAGAGACUAGUGUCACAGGACAACUUUGGGUUCGACCUUCAGGCCGUGGAGGCGGCCACCAAGAAGCACGAGGCGAUUGAGACGGACAUCGCGGCGUACGAGGAGCGCGUGCAGGCGGUGGUUUCCGUGGCGAAGGAGCUGGAGGCGGAGCACUACCACGACAUCAAACGCGUCACGGCCAGGAAGGACAACGUGAUCCGGCUGUGGGAGUACCUGCUGGAGCUGCUGAAGGCGCGGCGGCUGCGGCUGGAGAUGAACCUGGGCCUGCAGAGAGUCUUCCAGGAGAUGCUCUACAUCAUGGACUGGAUGGACGAGAUGAAGAUGUUGCUGCUGUCUCAGGAUUACGGGAAGCAUCUGUUGGGCGUGGAGGACCUGCUGCAGAAACACGCUCUGGUGGAGGCCGACAUCGCCAUCCAGGCCGACCGGGUGAAGGCCGUCAGCACCAACGCCACCAAGUACUCCGUCAACAGCGACGGCUACAAGCCCUGCGACCCUCAGGUUAUCCAGGACCGCGUGUCCCACCUGGAGUUCUGCUACCAGGAGCUGACCCAGCUGGCCGCCGAGCGCCGCGCCCGCCUGGAGGAGUCCCGGCGCCUCUGGAAGUUCUUCUGGGAGAUGGCGGAGGAGGAGGGCUGGAUCCGUGAGAAGGAGCAGAUCCUGUCUUCCUUUGAGCACGGCAAGGACCUGACGGGGGCCAUGCGCCUGCUCAGCCAGCAGCGCGCCCUGGAGGACGAGAUGAGCGGCCGCGCCGGACAUCUCAAACACACCAUCGCAGAGGGCCAGGCCAUGGUGCAGGCCGGACACUUCGCCGCCACCAAGAUCCAGGAGCGGAUCGCUGACCUGCAGGCUCAGUGGGAGGCCCUGGAGCAGCUGGCGGCGGCGAGGAAGCGGCGUCUGGAGGAGGCGUUGGCGCUGCACCAGUUCCAGGCGGACGCGGACGACGUGGACGCCUGGACGCUGGACGCCCUGCGCAUCGUCUCCACCGGAGAGACGGGCCACGAUGAGUUCUCCACGCUGGCGCUGGUCCGGAAGCACAAGGACGCGGCCGCCGAGGUGGCCAGCUACCGGCCGGUCAUCGACGCGCUCCACGAGCAGGCCGCCGCGCUGCCCGAAGAGGAGGCGCGGUCGGAGGAGGUGCGCGGGCGCCUGGCCGGCAUCGAGGAGCGCUACCGGGAGGUGUCGGAGCUCACCAAGCUGAGGAAGCAGGCGCUGCAGGACGAACUGGAGCGGGGCCCGCGCCCCGGGGUCAUCCAGCACCGGUUUGAGAGUCUGGAGCCGGAGAUGAACAACCAGGCGUCUCGUGUUGCCGUGGUGAACCAGAUCGCCAGGCAGCUGAUGCACAAUGGUCACCCGAGUGAAAAGGACAUCAAGACCCAGCAGGACAAACUCAACAACCGGUGGAGCCAGUUCCGUGACCUGGUGGACCAGAAGAAGGAGUCUCUGAACUCGGCUCUCGGCGUGCAGAACUACCACCUGGACUGCAACGAGACCAAGUCGUGGAUCCGAGAGAAGACCAAAGUCAUCGAGUCCACGCAGGAGCUGGGCAACGACCUGACCGGCGUCAUGGCGCUGCAGAGGAAGCUGACGGGCAUGGAGCGCGACCUGGCCGCCAUCGAGGACAAGCUGGGCGACCUGCGCGGCGAGGCUCAGCGCCUGGCGGAGGAACACCCCGACCAGGCCAACGCCAUCACAGGCCGCCUGGCGGAGAUCACGGCGGUCUGGGAGGAGAUGAAGAACACUCUGAAGACCCGCGAGGAGUCGCUGGGCGAGGCCCGGAAGCUGCAGCAGUUCCUGCGCGAGCUGGACGACUUCCAGUCGUGGCUGUCGCGCACGCAGACGGCCAUCGCCUCGGAGGACAUGCCCAACACGCCGGCCGAGGCCGAGAAGCUGGUGGCCCAGCACCACGGCAUCCGGAACGAGAUCCAGAACUACGAGGAGGACUACCAGAGGAUGCGGGACAUGGGCGAGAUGGUGACGCAGGGCCAGACGGACGCCCAGUACAUGUUCCUCCGCCAGAGGCUGCAGGCGCUCGACACGGGCUGGAACGAGCUGCACAAGAUGUGGGAGAACCGGCAGAACCUGCUGACCCAGUCCACCGCCUACCAGCUGUUCCUCAGGGACACCAAGCAGGCCGAGGCCUUCCUCAACAACCAGGAGUACGUCCUGGCUCACACGGAGAUGCCCCCCACCCUGGAGGGCGCCGAGGCCGCCAUCAAGAAGCAGGAGGACUUCAUGACCACGAUGGACGCCAACGAGGACAAGAUCAACGGCGUGGUGGAGGUGGGCCGCCGGCUGGCCAGCGACGGCAACAUCAACGCCGAGAGAAUACAGGAGAGGGUCGUCUCCAUCGACGACAGACAUAAGAAGAACAGGGAGGCUGCCGUGGAGCUGCUGAUGAGACUCAAGGACAACAGAGACCUGCAGAAGUUCCUGCAGGACUGCCAGGAGCUGUCUCUGUGGAUCAACGAGAAGAUGCUCACGGCUCAGGACAUGACGUACGACGAGGCCAGGAACCUGCACAGCAAGUGGCUGAAGCACCAGGCCUUCAUGGCCGAGCUGCAGUCCAACAAAGAGUGGCUGGACAAGAUCCAGAAGGACGGCACGCUGCUGGUGUCGGAGAAGCCGGAGACGGAGGCGGUGGUGAAGGAGAAGCUGUCGGCGCUCCACGCCAUGUGGGAGGAGCUGGAGUCCACCACGCAGACCAAAGCUCAGUGUCUGUUCGAUGCCAACAAGGCUGAGCUGUUCACCCAGAGCUGCGCAGACCUGGACAAGUGGCUGGGAGGCCUCGAGGGUCAGAUCCAGUCCGACGACUACGGGAAAGACCUGACCUCCGUCAACAUCCUGCUCAAAAAACAACAGAUGCUGGAGAAGCAGGUGGAGGUGCGUCAGCGUGAGGUGGUGGAGCUGCAGAGCCAGGUGAAGGCUCUGGGUCAGGAGGUCAAAGACACCGACGAGGUGGACGGGCGGAGGCAGCUGGUGGAGACAAAGUUCCAGCAGCUCCUGGAGCCGCUGCGCCGCCGCAAGGACUUCCUGGUGGAGUCCAGAGAGGUCCACCAGUUCAACCGAGACGUGGAGGACGAGAUCCUGUGGGUCCAGGAGAGGAUGGCUGUGGCCACGUCCACCGACCACGGACACAACCUGCAGACCGUCCAGCUGCUCAUCAAGAAGAACCAGACUCUGCAGAAAGAGAUCCAGGGUCAUCAGCCUCGCAUCGACGAUAUCCUGGAGCGCAGUCAGAGCCUCGUGAAGGACGAGUCGCCCAACGGGGACGUGAUCCGGCGGCGCCUGGCCGACCUGCGAGCGCUGUGGGGGCAGCUGAUGGAGGAGGCCGAGCGCCGCCACGGCCGCCUGCAGGAGGCGCACAAAGCGCAGCAGUACUACUUUGACGCCGCCGAGGCCGAGGCCUGGAUGAGCGAGCAGGAACUGUACAUGAUGUCAGAGGAGAAGGCCAAGGACGAGCUGAGCGCUGUGACCAUGCAGAAGAAGCAUCAGAUCGUGGAGCAGGCGGUGGAGGACUACGCCGAGACGGUCCACCAGCUGUCCAAGACCAGCAGAGGACUGGUGGCUGAUGGACACCCAGAGAGUGAGCGAAUCAGCAUGCGGCAGUCUCAGGUGGAUAAGCUGUACGCCGGCCUGAAGGACCUAUCAGAGGAGAGGCAGGGCAAACUGGAUGAGAGGCUCCGCCUCUUCCAGUUGAACCGGGAGGUGGACGACCUCGAGCAGUGGAUCGCUGAGCGGGAGGUCGUGGCUGGGUCGCACGAGCUGGGGCAGGACUACGAACACGUAACUAUGUUGCAGGAGCGUUUCCGUGAGUUUGCCCGGGACACCGGGAACAUCGGUCAGGAGCGCGUGGACAGCGUCAACCGUCUGGCGGACGAGCUGAUCAACUCGGGUCACGGCGACGCAGCAACGGUGGCCGAAUGGAAGGACGGUCUGAACGAAGCCUGGGCCGACCUGCUGGAACUGAUCGACACCCGGACGCAGAUUCUCGCUGCCUCCUUCGAGCUCCACAAGUUCUACCACGAUGCCAAGGAGAUCCUGGGACGCAUCAUGGACAAACAAAAGAAACUGCCGGAGGAAGUUGGCCGCGACCAGAACACGGUGGAGACUCUGCAGAGGAUGCACAACACCUUUGAACACGACAUCCAGGCCCUGGGAACACAGGUGAGGCAGCUGCAGGAAGACGCUGUGCGCCUGCAGUCGGCGUACGCCGGAGAUAAAGCAGACGACAUCCAGCGGAGGGAGUGUGAUGUGCUGGAGGCCUGGAGGAGUCUGCUGGAGGCGUGUGACGGACGCAGGGUCCGCCUUCUCGACACCGGAGACAAGUUCAGGUUCUUCAGCAUGGUCCGAGACCUGAUGCUGUGGAUGGAAGAUGUGAUCCGGCUUAUCGAGGCCCAGGAGAAUCCCAGAGACGUGUCGUCAGUGGAGCUGCUGAUGAACAACCACCAGGGCAUCAAGGCCGAGAUCGAUGCCCGAAACGACAGCUUCACCGCCUGCAUCGAGCUGGGGAAAGCCCUGCUGGCCCGCAAACACUACGCUUCACAGGAGAUUAAAGAGAAGUUGCUGCAGCUGACAGACAAGAGGAAAGAGAUGAUCGACAAGUGGGAGGACCGGUGGGAGUGGCUGCGACUCAUCCUGGAGGUGCACCAGUUCUCCAGGGACGCCGGCGUGGCCGAGGCCUGGCUGCUGGGUCAGGAGCCCUACCUGUCCAGCCGGGAGAUGGGCCAGAGCGUGGACGAGGUGGAGAAACUCAUCAAACGCCACGAGGCCUUUGAGAAGUCCGCUGCCACCUGGGAGGAGCGCUUCUCCGCUCUGGAGAGGCUGACCACGCUGGAGCUGCUGGAGGUGAGAAGGCAGCAGGAGGAAGAGGAGAGGAUGAGGAAGCCUCCGUCUCCAGAGCCGGUUAUUCUUCAGCACGAAGAGUCCCAACAGCAGAGCGGAGUCAUCAUCCAGAACGGACUCCCGUCAGACCAGGACUCUCCUCGGGACGGCGUGGACGGAGGAGAUCUGGUGAACGGUGUCGGCGAGCGGAGCUCCAAGGAGCCGAGCCCCGGCGCGUCCCCGACCUCCGGCAGGAAGAGUAAGACCAGCCUGUCAUCCACGUUGCCUUCCAAGAACCAGGACAGCUCGCCGUCGCAGCUGGAGGGACUCCUGCACCGCAAACACGAGUGGGAGGGACACAACAAGAAGGCGUCCAACAGGUCGUGGCACAACGUGUACUGCGUCAUCAACAACCAGGAGAUGGGUUUCUAUAAAGACGGCAAGGCGGCUGCGGCGGGCGUGCCGUACCACGGCGAGGUUCCCAUCGGCCUGAAGGACGCCACGUGUGACGUGGCCUCAGAGUACAAGAAGAAGAAACACGUCUUCAAACUCCGAGUCACUGAUGGAAACGAGUAUCUGUUCCAAGCCAAAGAUGAAGAUGAGAUGAGCACCUGGAUCCAGGCCAUCCUGAACUCCAGCGCCGACGGCUGCGACGCGCCGCCAGGCAGCAUCCCCGGCACGCCGGCGUCUGGGCGCGCUCAGACACUGCCGGCCGCCGUCACGCUCACCACGGAGUCGAGUCCCGGCAAGAGAGAGAAGGACAAAGAGAAGGACAAGGAGAAACGCUUCAGUCUGUUCAGCAAGAAGAAACAGUAGAAAACACAAUGAGCGCUUUGGUGAAACUGACUCAGACGAAUCCGGGCGCACGCUCUGACGAAGGAAACGUUUAGCUUCUCAUUACCUGCAGUGGUGGAAGUACAUUCACUCCAGUACACAGGUUGAGGUAUUUGUACUGUUUUUGAAAGAAAGAGAGAAAGAUGGAAAUACAGACAGACAGAAAGAAAGUUGAGUGACGGUUUAACUUUUUUGAUUAGCCCAUUAAACACAUUACUGUUUUAAAAAGAAAGAGAGACGGAAAACCGAGAAAGAAAGAAAGAAAGUUGAUUGAUGGAACUCUGAUUUGUUUUUCUAAUGAUCACUCCCCUGUUGAAAUGUACGCGCUGCACAAGUGUGAACAGUGUACUACACACAGCGGUGGAAUGUAACAAAGUAAAAAGUACAUUUACUCCAGUACUGUACUUCAGUCCAAAUGUUGAGGUACUUGUACUUUACUUGCAUCUUUUUUUUUUCAUGCUACUUUCUACUUUUACU